AUGGCCUCGGCUGUUAAUGUCUCCUCUGAGCAGGAAAACAGGGACCCCGAUCGGCCGAGGUUAACGCGGAGGAAUAGGGGGAACUAUCGUACAACUGUAUCGGAUUUGGAGUAUUUGCAGCGGCCAAGUUACUGUGAUGCUGCUUUUGCAUUGGAGCAGAUAUCCCAGGGGAAGGCGACUGGAAGGAAAGCACCGCUGUGGCUGAGAGCAAAGUUUCAAAGACUUUUGUUUAAACUGGGGUGUUACAUACAAAAGAACUGUGGAAAGUUUUUAGUUGUGGGCCUCUUAAUAUUUGGAGCUUUCGCUGUUGGCCUAAGGGCAGCUAAUCUUGAAACCGACGUGGAGAAACUCUGGGUAGAAGUGGGUGGCAGAGUCAAUCAGGAACUGAAGUACACAAGGCAAAAAAUCGGCGAGGAGUCCAUGUUCAACCCACAGCUAAUGAUCCAGACGCCACGGCAACAAGGUGCUAACAUCCUUACUGUGGAGGCGCUCCGACAGCACCUGGACUCUGCCAUCAAAGCCAGCAGGGUACACGUCUUCUUAUACAACAGGCAAUGGAAUUUGGAACAUCUAUGCUACAAAUCAGGAGAGGUUGUCACAGAAACAAAUUUUGUUGAUCAGAUCAUUGAAAAACUGCACCCAUGCCUCAUCAUCACACCACUUGACUGCUUUUGGGAAGGUGCUAAGCUCCAGUCAGGCAUGGUCUAUCUCCCUGGCAGACCACCUGUGCAGUGGACCAAUUUCGACCCAAUGGAGUUCAUUGCUGAACUGAAAUUGCUGAAGUAUCCUGUAGACACCUGGGAAGAUAUGCUGAUCAAGGCGGGAGUUGGGCAUGGCUACAUGGACCGGCCCUGUCUGAAUCCGGACGACCCGGACUGUCCGAUGUCCGCACCAAACAAGAACGCUACCCGGCCUUUCGAUAUUGCUCAUACUCUCUCUGGUGGUUGCUAUGGUCUGUCUAAAAAGUACAUGCACUGGCAAGAGGAGCUCAUCGUCGGCGGAACCAAGAAGAACAGCAGUGGGAAACUUCACAGUGCUCAGGCCUUGCAGACCAUGUUCCAGCUAAUGACCCCUAAGCAGAUGUACGAGCACUUGAAGGGUUAUGAGGAGGUUUCACAGAUCAACUGGAACGAGGACAAAGCAGCUGAAAUUCUGAGGGCCUGGCAGAGGAAGUACACAGAGGUCGUCCAGCAGAGUGUACCUGUUAACUCCUCCCAGAAGGUUCUCACCUUUACCACCACGACACUGGAGGACAUCCUCAAGUCACUCUCAGACGUCAGCGUGAUCCGAGUAGCCAGCGGUUACCUGCUCAUGCUGGCGUACGCCUGUCUGACCAUGCUGCGAUGGGACUGUGCCAAGUCCCAGGGUGCAGUGGGGCUGGCGGGGGUCUUGCUGGUGACUCUGUCUGUGGCAGCUGGACUAGGCCUGUGCUCUCUGAUUGGGAUCUCCUUUAAUGCAGCUACCACACAGGUGUUACCAUUCCUGGCUUUGGGGGUUGGUGUUGACGAUGUCUUUCUCCUGGCCCAUGCCUUCAGUGAGACCGGACAGAACAGAAGGAUACCAUUUGAGGACCGGACGGGAGAGUGCCUGAAGAGAACAGGGGCCAGCGUGGCCCUGACCUCCAUCAGUAACGUCACUGCCUUCUUCAUGGCCGCACUCAUCCCAAUCCCCGCUCUCCGUGCCUUCUCUCUGCAGGCUGCCGUAGUGGUAGUGUUUAAUUUUGCUAUGGUACUUCUCAUUUUUCCUGCCAUCCUCAGCAUGGACCUGUAUCGGCGGGAGGAUCGCCGCUUCGAUAUCUUCUGCUGUUUUGUCAGUCCCUGCGCCAACAGGGUGAUCCAGAUGGAGCCGCAGGCGUACGCAGAGGCGACCGACCCCACCCGCUACAGCCCCCCUCCAUCCUACAGUAGUCACAGCUUCGCCCAGCAGACCCAGAUCACCAUGCAGUCCACCGUGCAGCUCCGCACCGAGUACGACCCGCGCACGCAGGCCUACUACACCACCGCCGAACCCUGCUCCCAGAUCUCCGUCCAACCCUUCGCUUCGCCCGCUGCCACGGCAACCAACCUGCACGCCCACAACAACAACAACAACGUCAACAACAGCAGCAGCGGCGGUGGCGGCGCCAGGGGGAGCCCCGCCAGCAGCCGCGGACAUCCAGUUUCGGACGCCGUCCCCUGCCAGAGCCCGGAGGGCGUGAGCUCCACGCGAGACCUCCUGUCUCAGAUGGGUGGGGAUUCCGGUCUGCUUCGCUGUCUGGAACCACCCUGCUCACACUGGACCUUUGCCUCCUUUGCGGAGAAACACUACGCGCCAUUUCUGCUGCAGCCCACCACCAAGGUGGUGGUCAUUUUUCUCUUUCUCGCCCUGCUGGGGGUCAGCCUGUACGGAACCACGUGCGUACGCGACGGGCUGGAGCUCACCGACAUCGUGCCGCGCGAGGCAGGAGAGUACGAGUUCAUCGGCGCCCAGUUUGAGUACUUUUCCUUCUACAACAUGUACGUGGUGACGCAACGCGCCGACUACGCCAAAUCCCAGGCGCUCCUGUACAACCUCCACAGUCGCUUCAGCACCGUCAAGUACGUCAUGAAAGAGGAGAACGGACAGCUCCCCCGCAUGUGGCUGCACUAUUUCCGCGACUGGCUCCUAGGGCUGCAGCAGGCGUUUGACCGGGACUGGAAGGCUGGCAGGAUCACCCAGUCCAGCUACAGGAACGGCUCCGACGACGGCGUCCUGGCCUACAAACUGCUCGUCCAGACGGGACGUCGCGACAAGCCCAUCAACAUCAACCAGCUAAAGAGACAGCGCUUGGUGGAUGCAGAUGGAAUCAUCAACCCCGCCGCCUUUUACAUCUACCUGACGGCCUGGGUCAGUAACGACCAGGUGGCUUACGCAGCCUCCCAGGCCAACAUCCGCCCACACCCCCCAGAAUGGUUCCACGACAGGACCGACUCCAUCCCUGUCAGCAGGCUCAACAUUCCUGCUGCUGAGCCCAUCGAAUACGCACAGUUUCCUUUCUACCUCAACGAUCUCCGCGAGACGCCGCAGUUCGUGGAAGCCAUCGAGAGCGUCCGCUCCAUCUGCAGUAACUACACCCUCCAGGGCCUGCCCAGCUACCCUAACGGCUACCCCUUCCUCUUUUGGGAGCAGUACGUGGGCCUCCGUCACUGGCUACUCCUCUCCAUCAGCGUGGUGCUUGCCUGCACCUUCCUCGUGUGUGCCAUCUUCCUACUCAACCCCUGGACCGCCGGCAUCAUCGUCUUGGUCCUGUCUCUGAUGACGGUGGAACUGUUUGGCAUGAUGGGUCUGAUUGGCAUCAAACUCAGUGCCGUGCCCGUCGUCAUUCUCAUUGCCUCAGUGGGCAUCGGGGUGGAGUUCACCGUCCACGUUGCAUUGGCUUUCCUCACAGCUAUCGGGGACAGGAACAGAAGGGCGGUGUUGGCUUUGGAGCAUAUGUUUGCUCCUGUCUUAGAUGGUGCUUUCUCCACUCUACUGGGUGUCCUCAUGCUGGCAGGCUCAGAGUUUGACUUCAUCGUCAGGUAUUUCUUCGCCGUGCUUGCCAUCCUGACCGUACUGGGAGCCCUCAACGGACUGGUCCUUCUCCCAGUUUUAUUGUCCUACUUUGGCCCUUAUCCUGAGGUCUCUCCUGUGGAUGGGCGGAGCCGGUUGCCCACUCCGUCUCCGGGGCCUCCACCACAGGUGGUGCGUUUCACCGUGCGGCCAAACUACGCCACCGCGGGGACGGGAUCCGACUCCUCGGAUUCAGAGUACGGCUCCAACACCACCGUGUCUGGCAUCAGUCAGGAGCUGCAGCAGUACGACCUGCGGCCUGGGAGGGGGCGAGCAACCAGGCCAGAGGAGGUGCGUCUGGGGGGAGUGGGGCGGCAGCCCCCCCGCCAGGCAGAGACACGCUCCUACCCCCAUUCUGCUACUGAACUGCCAGACUUCAGGCAGCAGCAAUUCAGGUCCAGCAAUCCAGCUCACUCUCAGGAUGCAAGACCUCAGUCGUCACGGCGAUUUAGUAGCAGGGACCCCAAGAGGGAUUCGGGGGGCCAGCACCAGCCGCCCCCUCACAGGCCACGCAUGGACGCUUUUGAGACCGCUACCGAAUCGGGCAGCUCCGGUCACCGGGAACGCCCAGCAGGUGGCCGACGCGCCCACACACACCAGUCCUUCCCUCACGCCGCUUACGCUUCCACGGGCCCCGCCUACUGCCAGCCCAUCACCACGGUAACGGCUUCCGCCUCAGUGACGGUGGCGGUCCACCCGGGGAUGCCCUCCCACAGCCCCGCCUACCAAUACCCAUCCAAUAACAGCUAUCACACUUCAGAAGAUGUCUACCCCAACCCACACUUCCAAGACCCUCACGUUCCCCUGGACGAGAGCUUUGACAACAGAGACUGUAAGCUGGAGGGAAUGGAGCUGCAGGAUCUCGAAUACGACACUCCGAGUGACCACCACAGAAGGCCGUCCAGCUGAGUGGUAGAAUGUUGAAGCACAAUCGCCAAAGAUGGGACUUCCUUCUGCUCCUGAC